CAACCCUCCCCUUGUAUGCACAUUACAAGGAAGCUCCGAAGCUAAGUAAAUCAUGCGGCUAAAAAUUAUAGUUACUUUGUUGUCCAUAAGCGGAGGAAUAAUCUGUGCUCAAGCUCUUCAGUGCCAAUACUGCAGAGGAAACGCCUGCAAUCAAAAUGACGUACCAAGGCUGGAUUGUGAUGACCAAGUUAGCACCUUACCAUACAAUUUCCAUGUUAACUCAAAUUUUGAAAAUCCAAUAAAAGCUUGCCUCGAGUUAGAAUACACGAAAGGACUCCGAAGGAUACCCAUCAGGCAAUGCUUACUGCUCUCUGCCGAGAACAACGUGUGCAAUGAAAUUCAGUUUUCCUUGCCCUCGUCAGUGAGGUUGGAAAAAUGCAACGUAAGGCACAAACGUGACGCUGAAGAGGAAACCACCCACGUUCUGGGGACUACUACAACGGAAACGGUUUUGGAAGAUGGAAGCACUGUUGCAUCUACAACCACGGCACCCUCGACAGCGGACGCAGCUACCUCUACCUCACUGACGUCCACCUCACCUGUAAUUGCCCCCGAUGAAUCCCCGGAAGCAAGAACCGUAACUCAGUUUACCGAAGUUGCAACACUGUCUAACGAAAUUCCUAAAGCGAUCGAACCCGUUACUGAAAUGACCACGGUAAUAAACCCGUCCACAGCAGGAGCACCAAUUGAGUCAUCAAUUGCACCUGCGAAAGAGACCACUGUAGUGGAAGUUCCAAAAGCAGCCGCAUCAAUUGAACCACCUGUUACGCAAGACACCAAAGUAGUAGAAAUUCCCAAAGCAGUCGCAACAAUUGAACCGUCAAUUGCACUUGUUACGACAGAGACCAAAAUAUCAACAUCAAUUGCACCUGUAACAGAAAAGACCACAAUAGCAGAAGCCCCGAAAACGGCCGCGUUAAUUGCUAGCUCAUCCACGACCACCGUUAGGGCACAAACCACAACAUCUCCAUCGCACGUAGCUGUUAAACAUGGAAUUACCACUUCGACUAUGAUGACAACAACACCUGGGGGAAGCUCAAGGAUAUAUCUCUCACUUGCCACACUUUUUACAAUCGUUAUUUAUGUGCUAUGAAGCUAAGUUGUACAAAACUGUUACAAGCACCGAAUUGCACAGAAGUUUAGUACCCAUUCAGAAAUUAUGUU